UUUCCAAUUCCACGGCCGUGUUUUCCCCCCCGUCCGCCACUAGCUCCCCGCCACCACAGCGUCCUUUCACUACUUUCCCUAUCAAAGCCUUCUCAUUUUCUAGAGAAACAAACACCAUAUCAAUAUUCCCCAUUGCAUUUGGAAAUCCAACGAACAACCACCUAACUACUUUUCCCCAUAAACCAAACUCUCCACCAACUUAGAUUCUCUCCCUACCAUCUCCAAUCAUCUACAUUCGUUUCCAAAAAUAGGUAAUUCACGUCUCGGAUCUGAUCAAGCCUCAUCUCAAGCAAUACCAACCUCAAUCUUUCUUCAAUUCUCUUUUUUGAACCUAAUUCUCCAUCACCGAUUCAUAUAAGCUCGAUUUUCGACGCGCAAACCCAAACCAAGCCCCAAUUUUUAUCCAAUUUGAUUUUUCGACGCAAAAUCCCCAACCAAUCCCCAAAUUUUGAUCCAAUUUGAAUCAAAUCCCUCGCAUUCCGAAGCAAAAGCCCUAAAUUUUCCUCAUUUGAACCAAUUUUCUUUCCGCCAUGGCGACGCCCGCGCUAAAAGCGGUGACAUUGACCCACGUCCGGUACCAGAGAGGCGACAAGUUCGGCCACUUCCUCGCAUGGGUCUCGCUCGUCCCAGUGUUCAUCAGCCUCGGCGGAUUCGUCUCCCACAUCAUCUUCCGCCGCGAGCUUCAGACCAUGUUCUUCGCCCUAGGGCUCUUGAUUUCCCAGUUCGUCAACGAUCUCAUCAAGACCUCCGUCCAGCAAGCCCGCCCCGAGACCUGCGCGCUCCUCGAGAUGUGCGACUCCCAUGGCUGGCCCUCCAGCCACUCCCAGUACAUGUUGUUCUUCUCCAUGUACUUCACGCUGUUGACCUUCAAAACCACCAGCGUUUGGGAGACCAGCACGAAGCUGUUCGUCAACUCUCUUCACUGGUCGCUCGCGCUUCUGACGGUGUACUCUCGGGUUUAUUUGGGCUACCACACGGUGGCGCAGGUCUUCGCCGGAGCUGCCUUGGGAAUCGUGCUCGGAGCGGUUUGGUAUUGGGUGGUGAAUUAUGGGCUUUACUGUUAUUUUCCGGCGAUUGAGGAUAGUUCCUUUGGGCGUAUGUUUUACAUCAAGGAUACUUCUCAUAUACCCAAUGUGUUGAAGUUCGAGUAUGAUAAUGCCAGAGCCGCGAGGAAAAACUCUGCGAGCAAGUGUGACUGAUUCUUAAUCAUGGUGAAUUGCUUCAAAUUGAUGUUAAUUCUGCUUUUGUAUGGGUAGUGGCUGAAAAUACAGUGCGCGCAUGCAAUGCCGGAUGAAAAGAACCACCACUGGAGUUUAGGUUACUCUAUAAUUAUCCCUCAGUGAUGUAGAAACUUAAAUACAUGUUUAUUAUUUGACCACUAUGAUGAUGUUGUUUUCAUCACUACUAUGACUUGUUACAGUUACAGCUGGUUUACAAUUUUCCCGCUUUCUGAAUAUGCAAAUCAAAUUCAAUU